GUUUCGGUACCUUUUUUCUUUUUCUUGAAAAAUUUCGCUCCGUCAGAUUGUGAGAGUGAGAGCAAGGCGUCGAAGCUCAUGUUGUGUCGUUAGAUUCAGGCGUCGCACAUUUCUCAGAGUACGAUUGCGGAUUGGUCGUGCCGUAUUUUUCGAUGAAAUUAAAGUCUGCACAGCCGUCACGGAGAAGAUGAGUAUCUCGCAAUUUCUAGCGAAUCCGGGCCUCUUCGUGAAAGAGCGCGAGAAGCGCGAGGACGGCCGACUUCCAAAGGAGAUUCGAUGCAGUAUCAGGGGAGCAGUAGUGCAGCGUUUCUAUGACGGAGAAUUCGAACCAGUAGAAGAAGACGCAGACCGCAAGAACAGCAAGACACAACCCAAGAAAUCGAAGAAAAAACCUGAAGACUGCGCUGAGGAUGAAGAAGAACCCGUUGAAAAUACUGGGGAGGUUUCCAAGGAGUACGGUACGCGAAUCUUUUAUUUGAAAUACAAACAUCUCCGGAAAAACGCAAAGAACGAGGAGUAUGUCCUGAAGACCACAAGCAGCAUCCGGCCGUAUUUGCGGGAGCUCGCAGAUGCCGACUUCACAGACGUCCCUGCUUCAAUAAAGACCAAACUGGAACGGUUUCGAUGUUACCUGCAGCACGGUCGCCCGAAUCUCGAUAAAGUCAGCGGGCAAGAUGAGGAGACAAGCACCAGUGACUCCAGCUCGGACGACUCUCCGCCUUCGCCGAAGCUGUGCUACCGGACUAAAGUUGCAUCGUCGUCUUCUUAUUUCUCGCACAUCACCGAGAAGGCACAGAAAAAGGAACCGCUUCUACCACAGUUCUGCUUCGCGGAAGGGCAAAGUGAGAAGAAGUCCUGGAAAACGGCGAAAGCAUUUCAUAACGAGAUCAGUACACCCGAAGGAACACUCGAAAUGCAGGUGGUGAUAAAACAAGAUGCCGAAUACCGCAGUGAAGAAGUCUACCUGAAGAAAAGCAGUGUCAACACGGUUUUUGCGGAACUUCAGGAGCAAGUUUUCGGAAACUUCCAGACGUAUGUCGACAAAACCGUCUCUCUUCUUGCGGAAAUUCCCAAGGAAGCUGGUACGUACUACAGCAACAGGAAGGAGUUCUCGAAUCAGUUUUUGAAAACCCAGUACUUUGAGCCGCCCAGCAACAAUUCGGUGGAGGACGAAGGGGACGGGGAAGCGGAGGAAAGAGCACUAGACACCGGCUUUAAGAUUCCAAGCAAUAAGAGGGACGAGGAAGCACCGAAGCCCAAAAAGUGGACAAAAAGCAAAGAACUCCAGUUGCGGAAGGAACAACUGCAGGCGAUUUCCUGGAUGCUCAAACGCGAAAGAGUGCCAGAAACGGUCACGGUAAAGCAGAAGAAAUUCGUAGAACAAAAGCAACUGUCGUCCGAAGACGACUCGGGGUUUUUUCUGAAUAUAUCGACAAAUCCCAUCGGCAAUACAAUCCAAAAAGCUCCGUGGGGGUUAGAGCUCGAGGCUAGCUACAACUUUGCGGUACAGAUGCAUUUUUCUUUUUUGGUGAUGUGCGUGUGCUUGCACGAAACGCAGCGCAAAAACUCUAAAACUGACCUACUUACACACGACUUCAAACAUACAACUUCUACGUACAGGUGCAUGGCGGCAUUCUUGCAGACCGACCGGGAGAAGGAAAAACAGUUACUACCAUCGGGUUGAUGGCUGCGCAGAAAGAUUACUUUGAUGCCAACAAGAAGGCGCUUCCAACUAUUCCGGACAAAGACGUGCCGUACUACUUCAAUUUGCCAAAAACGACAUUGAUCCUCGUCCCCAGUCGUUUGAUCAACCAGUGGGCGGACGAAGUGCAAAAGUUUGCCUCCCAGUACAAGCUGAGAACCUACCUGAUAAAACACGCCGGACACCUCUCUGGGAUGAGCCCCGCAGAGCUGAAAGAAUUCGACCUGAUCGUGUGCACCUACCAGCUCUUGUACUCCGAGAAGUUCGGGAAGCGCGCCGGCGACUGGUUGCAGCUGGACGACAAAGACGAGCACGCGGACAAGAUAGGCGCGCAGAAAGCAUACUCGCACCAAGCGUUGAAGCGUGUCACAAAGACUUUCAUCGAGGAGUGGGACACCGCGGACCAGGCCACGAGGCAGCGAUACACGAACAGCACCAUUUUCAAGGAGUCGACCGCACUGACGGCAAAGGAAAUAAAAGAGAACUGCCACGCCACGGCGCUGAGAAACAAGAAACACACUUCCAUGGACGUCGUCUUUCCGCUCCUGGAACAGGUAGAAGCGUCAUGCUUUUUGCAUUACGCCUUCCAGAGAGCCGCAACUUGCUGCGACUUCGUGUUUUUUUGAUGUGGUAUUGAUACACAAAAUGAAAACUAACUGUUCCUGUUUCGAUGGACAAUCGAGUAGACACAAAUGCAACACAACAUUGACAGUGCUUCUUCCAGAGAAUUAUCUACGACGAGAUACACGAGGCCGAGACCUUCAAAGGCAGGACCGCUACUCUCAUGGCAUUACGGGCCCACUUCAAAUGGGGACUGACCGGGACGCCGUACGUGGAAAGUUUUCAAAGUGUGAAAACUCUGGCGGGACUGUUCAGCGUGGACGUGAUGGCGGGAGGUGCUAAGUUUUACUGUCUUGCUUUUGGUAUGUGUGUUUUUUGGAACUACGACGACCGCGACGCAGCUCGCCUGCGCUGUUUUCGCUGCUCGCUUGUAGUCACAAGCGAAAGCGGUCACAUUCGUUGACAGCCUGCUUCGCCCUCCUCAGGUGUCUCCGGCGAGUGGUGUGCUCCCGAGGGGCCCAUUGAAAUCAAGCCAGGCAAGAAGAAGCCGCAGAACCCAAACGACGACGUCGGUCUUCCGCGAAAUCGCAACGCGCCCUUCCGGCCGCCUUGCGUGAGUUCCGUGUUGUUGGCGAAUGGGCGAGAGUUUGUGAAGAAGCUGAUGCGGCAGAAUAAGACCAGCGCUGCAGUCAAGGCCAUCAAAAUGGUAAGUGCUUUGCUUUCGUACUACUUUUUUCGUACGUAGAUUUGAAUAAAGUGCGUAGUGUCGUUCUGAAGUCGACACCAGAUUGGGACUUGAUUCAGUAUGGAUGUUGUUCGAUGUUGUACUUGUAGAGGUGCGCCGCACUGAAACUACAAAAAGAAACCUACAUGGAAGAGUUGUGUUUCUAGAGCAUUAGUACAUCCAUUCUCCUGUCGUAUCAUGACGAUCUUCCGCAACCGCAAUGUGAUACUACAUACAGGAAUAUCACUCGGUCCAAGUGCAGCCAACCGAUGCUGAACAGCUGCUGUAUUCGGAGACUCUGAAAAAGUACAAGGCGGAAGGGAUCGACUUUUCGCGCUCGCUGCAGCAUAGCGAUUUACUCAAAGUACAGGACUUGGUGAAGCUUUGCUCGCACCACUGCCCGGACGGCGACGGGACGGUUGCAAGCGAGAUGGUGAAGAAGUGGAAAACGUCCAAAAAGGAACUGAAGGCUGCAAUCGAAAACGCCAAGACGUUUUUGCGCCGAGUCGACUUGUGCCGCCGGGCAAUCGCGUAUUACGGGAACAAGGGGCAGAAAAAAACGCAGUACUUCAGCGGAAUGGCAGCUAGCAGAGGUGUGCAGGCGGCCUUCGAAGAUAUUGCCAGUUGUACAGCAAUAGUCGCGACGACGACCACGUCGAAGAAGUCAAAGGGCAAGACAAAUAGCACGUCCUCGAAAGUAACCGCAGCGGUCCAGACUGGUGGAUCCUCGAGCUCAAGCGGUGCUGCGAUUGCGGCCGCAGGCGGCGAUGAGUCGCACAAAGAUACGAAGCCCUCUGACGAUGCAUCAAAAGUGAAGAUCAUGAAGGCCCCGUUCUACAACCUCUCUGAGUCGAAGCUUCGCUCGGUGAUGACCCAAACUGUCGACGAAACAGAAUUACCGCUCAAGGUCGAUGUUGCAGUCGAGGUCGCCUCUGGCUCUUCUUCAUCAUCACUGAAGCGAUCAGCGAAAGCCACAGGUAAACACGUGGAAGCUGCAGCGAAGCGGGGCCGCGCGGCGAACGGAAAAGCGAAACCGGAGAACGUCGGCAAGAAAAGUGCUAAAAAUGCGGUUGACGAGGUAACAACCAGCGUCGAAAACUCUGUCACUUUGUUUCUGCUGCCGAAAAUCCGCGAGAAGAUGAAGCAGUUGAUUGGCUGCGACGAGUCCAGUGCCGCGGGCGAGGAAUUGCGAAAAUUUAUCCAGCGGAGCUGCCCGAAACAGGUUGGGUUCAAUCCGGAUACGAGCAAGCAGAGAAAUACUUUGCUGGGCGACGCAUUUCCGGAUUUUCAGCGCGCGGAGGAUGAAGAGCAGUCGGAGUCGGAUGAUGACAGCGAUUCCUCGUGGCGCGACACGGAUGCGAGGAAACAGUACCUCCUCUUUCGCGAGAGCAUCGAUCCCGCAAAGGCACUAGCGAGGUACGAAAGCGACGAGCUGGCGCAGGAGGACCCGUUGAAGAAAGAAGAACCCAAGAGCAAGGAAAACGAAACGAAAAUUUUGGACACCUCCGAUGGAUUUCGCGUUGGAAGCAUCUUUCGGGAACAAUUCGCCAAUCCCGAUCGCGUGGUCACAGGGAAGGUGACAUCAAGCGAGCCGUUCUUCGAUUGGGUGAAGAUCGAGGAGACUGGUGCUAAAAAUACCUCUACGGCAUCCAGUUCGAGUUCCGGGGCAGCGCCGUCAAAGGCAAUCAAUACGUCGACCAGUUUGGGUUUGGAUCGCGUCCCGUCUCCGCAAAAAAAGGUCGUGACGACAAGCAGCGUUACAGCGGACAGAAAGGAGACCGCGGGUCAGCGAGCCAACUUAAAGCUCAAACUCGAACGGUACUACCGGGACACACUGCAGGAGGAGGUCCUUGCUGCUCUUUCCGCCGUGCAGGACAAGGCCAGGGCACACGCGUUUUUGUCCACCGCGAAGGCAGUUUUUGGGUAUGAAGAGGAUUGCCCAGCCUGCGUACACUGUGAAGAAGCGACUGUGGACCAGGGAUUGGGGGUCAUGCAGUGCGGUCACGUCAUUUGCAAGAACUGCGCCACCACGAAAGUGCGUAAGUGCGACGAGUGCGGCCGCAAUGUGCCCAAGUGGGAACCGCCCCAUGUUUACUUCGCCGAUCCGAAACCAGCGCUCGCGGGCCUGCAGCCAAACCUCCUCUCUUCCUAUGUAGUAAGGCUAAGAUGACUUCUUUGUCUUCAUGUUUAAUGAUCAUGAUGAUGAUGAUGAUUUGUGAUGCUGAUUCUAGUAUUGAGUCGUCUCGUGCGUGUGUUUGCAAUCGCUUCUUUCAUUGUGUCCGACAAUUUCCAGUUGUGGUAUGAAGAUUCUAACUAUGAUGACCAGCUACCAUAAACCCAUUAUCAGGUACCGGUUCCAAAUAUGAUUGUUCCGGCGUCCUUCACCGAGUUCGGGUCGAAGAUCAAGCAGAUUUGUAACACACUCCGCGAUAUCAGAUGCAAAAGUGUCUGGGUUUGGAAGAAGGCAACUUGUCAUGCUAAAUCUGAAUCAGGCAAAAAAGUGUGUUGCAUGAUUGCCAAAAGUUGUGCACUUUUGACCGAAUCGAGAGGCAGUUUCUCAUGCUGGAUAGGCAUUGGAAAGCUUUCGCAGAAUCUGUCAUGCUAUGUCCUACAUACCAGACCUCAUGGGUAUAUGGAACUAAACCUGCAUCUUCCAGACCCGGCCACUUUUGCAAUCCAUCCGCGACAUCAAGCAACGAGAAACGGACGCCAAGGCCAUCGUGUACUGCCAGUGGCCCGAUCUGUCCAAGAAGCUCGCGGCGGCGUUCAAGGCGUACAGUUUUAAAUUCCGCAACCUGAACGCAGGGAACGCCAACGUGCAGACCGCUUUCCAGAACGACGAGCCGUUCGAAGAGUCAGAGUCGCCAGAGAUCCUGGUGAUGAACCUGCAGAAGGCGGCGAGCGGAACCAAUUUGCAUCGGGUACGUAGAGAGUGUUCGUCUGAUUCGGACUUUUGUGUCAAGUUUUCGUUUAGUGCUAGUGGGUGCAGCGUCCAACCUGCACAGAGAGAGUGCAAGACUCCUUACUUCAAGUACACAAAAAAAAUUGUUCGCAAAUCUCACAGGCAUCGCAUUUACUCCUUGUCCACCCGAUGGUGGCAGAUACGGCGAAGCAGAGUCGCGCGUUCGAGAAGCAGGCCAUCGGCCGCAUUCGCCGGUACGGCCAGAAACGGACCUGCCACAUCUACCGCUUCUAUACCAUGGACACGAUUGAGCACGAGUUGCACGACCGCGUGCUGGAGAACCAAGGGGACGACGAUGACGAGGAGAAUUCGGAGGAAAGCGAGGGAGAGCUCGACGAUCCAAUGGACGUGGAUCAGGAAGGGGUCUGA